AUGACCGCCCAACUUGUUUGUUCCAAAGGCUCGCUGCAUGGGCUGCCUACCUAUCCGGAUGAUCCAUGCCUGACAGAUUUAAACGCUUUGGUGACUGGUGCAAAUGGCAUCUCGGGAUACCAUAUGGUUCGAGUUCUGGCCGCUGCACCCCAGCGCUGGAGUCGGAUUUAUUGUCUGUCCAGGCGACCACCCCCGGAGAACUUCUUCCAAGAUCUUGGUGACGGGGCACCCCGAGUCGAGCAUAUUUCAGUGGACUUCCUUUCUGAUCCACUGCACAUUGCGGAGGCAUUGAAAGAGAAGAUCCAGAGAGUAGAUCAUGUUUUCUUCUUCUCAUACAUGCAGACACAGCAGAAGGGCAAUGUGCUGGGCAUGUGGUCAGACGCGAGUGCCCUGGCCGAUGUCAACUCCACUCUGCUAAGCAACUUCCUGGUCGGCCUUAAGGAAGCUAACCUUCAACCGAAGCGCUUCUUACUUCAGACCGGGGCCAAGAAUUAUGGCUUCCACAUGGGACCAGCCACCAACCCCUCAUUUGAGUCCGAUCCAAGAGUCUUACUGGAAGAUAAUUUCUACUAUCCACAAGAAGAUGCGCUAAUAAAUUACUGUGAGGAGACUGGCGCUGCAUGGAACGUGGUCCGUCCUUCAUACAUAAUCGGCGCGGUCCAUGAUGGCUCAUUGAACUUCUUGAUCGGCCUCGCCAUAUUCGGGGCUGUUCAAAGUCACCUAGGAAAACCACUUGACUUCCCGGGUGACUAUGCCGCCUGGGAUCGGGAAUUCUGCCAAAGCACUGCACUGUUGAAUGCUUAUUUUGAAGAAUGGGUCACGCUGACCGAAAAUGCAGCCAACGAAGCGUUCAACAUUCAGGAUGGGCUGUCUUCUACCUGUGGACGUUUCUGGCCGUACCUUGCUAGCUGGUUUGGUACUUCCUGGAACCCACCAGAGGAAGACCCCUCCAAAUACAAAAUUACCACAUGUCGGCACACAAACACACCCAGAGGAUACGGACCAACGGGAACAACACGUUCAACCUUUAGUCUUCUGGAAUGGUCUGGAAAGGCAGAAGUUCAAAAGGCAUGGGAAAAGCUAGCUAAAGAUCAUGGCCUUGCCCUCGAUCCGUUCACGGAAGGUAAUCGUGCCCAAAUUUUCGGUAUGUCGGAUUCAGCUGUUUUAGGCGAUUGGCCACUGUCUUUGAGUAUGCGAAAAGCGCGGAAACUGGGUUUCUUUGGAACCGCUGACUCGUUUGAGACUGCUUUUGAAGCGAUUCAAGAUCUGGCGAGGCUGAAGCUGGUUGUUCCACCUACUACACAAAAGUUCGUUGAAUGA